AUGAAAGUAGUUUUGCCAAGGAAGAGGAGGUUUUCUGUCCCCAGAGAGGACAGAGAGGUGUCCCCAGAAGAGAAGGAGAAGAGGCUCAGGUCUCUGGCGACAGCGUUUCCCGAGGAACGCAUAGAACGGACCUUCUACUUGGCCUGCACAGCUGACAUUAUAGACCCAUACGUCCCUCCUGAGGGCGAUGCCCGCUUGACUUCACUAUCCAAAGAUGGGCUGAAGCAAAAGAUGGAGAAGCUGAAGCAGACGGCUGCCUCCCAGCUGGCUCUGCGGAAGAUAAAAGAUCACGAUCUGGAUUUCAGCACUAAAACCUUCCCAGAGAAGGCGCAGGAGAUAUUUAUUGAAGCUCACAAUUGCCUGGCAAAUUUUAACAAGCAGAAACUUCACUCCCUGGUGACGGAGCGCUGCUACCCGGAAAUGGUCCGUGGGAACAGGUACAAGACCAUCCGGUGGAGUUUUGUGGAGUCGCUGGAGCCUCCGCGAGUGGUUCAAGUUCGAUGCGACAGCAUCGUGAAUCGAGGCAACCUGUACGGCCAGGUGACAGUGCGGAUGCACACGCGACAGAUUCUGGCAAUCUAUGACCGCUUUGGGCGGCUGAUGUACGGUGGGGAGCAGGUGCCCAAGGAUGUUUUGGAGUAUGUCGUGUUUGAGAGGUACUUGGUCAACCCGUACGGCACGUGGCGGAUGCACGGCAAGAUCGUCCCAGAGUGGGCUCCACCAAAGGACCCCAUUGUUAAGACGGUGCUGAUUCCCGGCCCAACUUUGGAUCCCUCACAAGAGUAUGAAGAAACGAAGUAG